CCAAUUCAGUUAAAACAAUUUUUACUGGAGAAUAUGACCAGGGAUUAUAAAUCCAAAGGUGUUUCUUGGGUUGUAAUUGGUGAUGAAAAUUAUGGUGAGAGGUCUUCUCGUGAACAUGCAGCACUUGAGAAACAAGGAGUUUUACCUCUUACAUUUUUUGAUCCUUCAGAUUAUGAUAAGAUUGAUCCAAUUGAUAAAAUAUCAAUUAUAGGACUUACUGAAUUUGCCCCCGAAAACCCUUGA